UAUUAAAUGAUAAAUAAUUAUGCUUCUCUUUUCAAUGAGUAUUUCUUUUCAUUUAAUCCUAUUAAUUAUACUAAAAGUUGCCAUACUUUACAACAAAACAAAGCUUUAUAAACAGGGGAAGAUGCUAUUUAGCUCUGGAGCAGAAAUUAAUUAAAAUCACACCUAAUUUUACUACUCCCAGAGUAAAAUUUCCUCUUUCCCCUUCAAAUUCUCCCUCCCUUCGUCGUCUCAAUCAAAUCCCCCUCCUAAUCGAAGUAUCCGUUUUCAAUCAUCGGAAAACCCUAAUUCGCCAUGGGAGAACCUCAUCAGUUCUCUGUUCAUCUCGCGCUUGGUGGUGGCUCAGUAGCUGACGUGUUGUUGUGGAAGAAGUGGCACCGGAGCGUCGUUUUGCUUGUUGCUUCGACUGCGUUUUGGUUCCUAUUCGAGAGAGCGGGAUACAAUUUGUUAUCGUUUAUAUCGAAUGUUUUGUUCUUGCUCGUUGUGAUCUUGUUCCUUUGGGCUAAAUCUGCAUCACUUCUCAAUAGACCUCUGCCACCUCUCCCAAAUCUUGAUGUUUCCGAAGAGAUUGUCGUAAAGGCUGCCGACGAGAUGCUAGUAUGGGUAAAUUCUGCAUUAUCAAUUGCGCACGACAUUGCAAUUGGUGGAAACUUGAGACUCUUUACUCAGCUUGCAAUAGGAUUGUGGAUUGUAUCCUACAUUGGCGGUUUAUUCAACUUUCUUACACUCCUCUACAUCGGUGUUCUGCUUUGUCUAUCGCUACCCGUAGUGUAUGACAAAUACCAAAGUGCAAUUGAUAUCAAGCUGAGUGCGGCAUAUAAAAUAGCUCUGGUACAAUACCGCAUGAUUGACGACAAGUUACUCAGCAAGGUUGUAUGGCCUUCAAACAAGGAGAAGAAGACUCAGUAGAUUCACUGUACCUUUAUGCUGAUUGCCUAACAUUUUAGCCUCCGAUGAAAUCGAUAUUGAGAUCCUUAGCAGAAGAAGGCUGUAGCCUGUAUGCGUGUGCGGCUUGUAAAGAUUUCAACUUUCACGAUUUUUGAACUCCUCUUGAUUGUAAUUUUUGUCAUUCUAAGCAAUUUACUGGAUAUGUUGUUGGUGCUAAUGUGAACAUUAGUAUUGAUUCUGCAGUUUUGCCGCUUCGGGUUACUCCGGAAUUUUCUUU